UUUUGUGUGUGUGGCUACCCGAAUAAAUUAGCGGUCGGUAAACGAGGGGAGGAUGUGGCGGAGGAGGGGACGAAGAGGAGGAUAGGGGGCUGGGCCUUGUGGCGGAGGAGUCGGCUUUCAGCUAGAGAGGUGCACAGCUCCAUGAAGCGGCUGUGAGGGACUGGAUGCUGAGAGAAGGAGAGAAGGGUGAAAUAAAAACAUUUAAGACAGGCGGUAAGAUCCCGGCUUGAGCUGCGCAGGAGGAUCUCUGUCUAUCUCCUUUUUUCUUUUUUUUUUUCCUUCCUUUUAAAUCUUUUGCUGCAGAGCAAGAAGAGGCAGAUCAGCUUCCCAACUGAUCUAAACGCGCUCACCUGAUAGAGAAAGAAGCUUCACCGGUGGAGUAGCCUAACCUGCUGUUCUGUUUGGCCGGAUUAGACAGUCUGUGGAAUUGGCGCACUUGCCAUCUUUGUGUGGAUGUUAUCAAAACAACCCCAAAAAGCUCUCUCCAUUCAAGAUUUUGUCCGGGCAGAUUGGCUCUCGUCUAGGGGGGAGAGAUUGGAAACCCGUUUGCAUACUAAUCAGGUUAUAACCAGAGCGCACAUCCACAGCCGGAUUGAGUCCCAUGAAUGUAUAACAGAAGCCAGCCAUGCCAAAAACAAGUAAAGGGUCUAGACGUAGGGCUCAGGUGGGCAGACCCUGUCUGCUUUCAAGCAUUGGCCAACAGAAGCUCCUUUUCUAUAUUUUCAUUAUCCUAUUUCAGUCAACUCUUGUUUAUGGAGUACUAGAACUCCAGCUGGAUGAAGGCCAGCCAGCAGGGACCAUUGUUGGUGACAUCAGUGCAGGGCUACCACCUGGUGAAACAGCGACUGUUUACUUCAUCUCUGACCAUGAGGGCACAGGCGUCGGCAGCGACCUUCACAUCGACGAGACCACUGGCAUCAUUACCACUGCGCGCAGCUUGGACCGAGAGGAGAGGGACCACUACAGCUUCAUUGCGGUGACAAUGACUGGCACAACCAUUCAGGUGUCUAUCACCGUCAAUGAUGUCAACGACCAUGCGCCUGUGUUCCCCAAAAAGAAAUCUGUUCUGAAAAUCCCAGAACACACAGCGGUUGGGACAAGAUUUUCCCUGGAUCCUGCCACUGAUGCUGACAAGGAUCAGCUGACUACCCAAGGUUAUACUAUUCGCGAGGGCAAUGUUGGCCAAACAUUUAGACUUGAGACCAAGAGGGGUGCAAACAAGGUUCUCUAUCUAGACUUGGUGGUCAAUGGACUGCUGGACAGGGAGAAGCGCUCAUCGUACACCCUGGUGAUAGAGGGCUUUGAUGGAGGCUCGCCAAGAAGGAUAGGAUCUAUGACUCUAGAAGUGACAGUGACGGACAUCAAUGACCAUGCACCAGCCUUUAAUCAGAGCAGAUACCAUGCAAUCAUCUCUGAAAGUCUUCCACAAGGGAGUAGCAUUUUACAGGUGUUUGCAACUGAUGAAGAUGAAGGUGAUAAUGGUUUGGUCCUUUAUGAAAUCAACCGUCGCCAGAGUGAUCCUGACCGUUACUUUGUCAUUGACCUUAAGUCAGGAGUCAUCACUCUCAAUAAACCACUGGACUUUGAGCUGAAGAGAGUCCAUGAGCUGGUGGUCCAGGCCAAAGAUAAUGCUAGCCAGCCUGAGGUGACCAAUGCAUUUGUGACAAUUCAUGUCCGUGACUUCAAUGACAACCAGCCUACCAUGACCAUCAUCUUCCUCAGUGAGGAUGGCUCCCCGAGAAUCUCAGAAGGAGCCCAGCCAGGCCAGUAUGUAGCUCGGAUUUCUGUCACUGAUCCAGACUAUGGAGAGUAUGCUAAUGUCAAUGUCUCCCUGGAGGGGGGCGAUGGGAAAUUUGCUCUAACAACCAAAGACAGCAUAAUUUACCUGAUAUAUGUGGACCAGAUCUUGGACAGAGAGGAGCGGGAUUCCUAUGAUCUCAGGGUGAUGGCCACAGACUCAGGCACACCUCCCCUCAGAGCAGAGUCAUCUUUCACCAUCCAGGUGACGGAUGUCAAUGACAACCCUCCACUGUUUGACCAGCAGGCCUACAGGCAAACCAUUCCUGAGGUGGUCUACCCAGGAUCGUUUGUUCUUCAGGUAACGGCCAGGGACAAGGACCAGGGUCCCAAUGGAGAUGUGCGGUACAGCCUGCUAAAGGGUAAAAACUCUCGCUCUGACUGGUUUUCAAUUGAUCCAAUUACGGGGAUAAUCACCACAGCGACAGCUCUUGACUUUGAAUCAGAGCCAGCCCCCAGUGUAACUGUUGUUGCGAUGGAUGGUGGUCGGCCGCCACUGUCUUCCACAGUGAAGGUAGAUAUUGUGCUACAGGACGUUAAUGAUAACACGCCUGUGUUUUCCAAGAGUUUCUACAAUGCUUCAAUCAAGGAGAAUACCUCAGCUGGAACAUGCUUCUUAGAGGUGUCGGCUUCAGAUGGGGACCGUGGCUCUUUUGGGACCAUUGCCUACACCCUGGGUUCAAAUUCUGGAGGCACACUUCCCUUUACCAUUAACAAGGAGACGGGCCAGCUAUGUACCAGCACGGCUCUAGACAGGGAUGAGGGAUUGGACAAGUUUGAUCUAGUUGUGACAGCAACAGAUGGAGGUGGUCUGAGCUCUGUGUCUCGCGUGAGGGUCACUGUGGUCGACAUCAAUGACAACCGGCCCACCUUCUAUCCAGUUGUGUACACGGUCAGUCUCAGUACCCACAGUGCCCCGGGAACCUCCGUGGUCAAGGUGACAGCCAAUGACCCUGAUGCUGGACAAAACGGCAAGGUGACCUACCGCACAGUUCCUGCAGGGGGCUCCACUUUCUUCACUCUCAACAAAGACACAGGAGUAAUUUCUUUGUCCCGUUCCCUCCAUGGUAAAUCCAACACGGUUAUUUCCAUGGUGAUAUCGGCCGAGGACGGCGGCGGUCUAACGGCACCAGUUAAUGCCAGAGUCAAUGUGAGCGUGGUGGGAGGUUCUGUGGCAUCUCCCAUUUUUGAACAGGCACAGUAUUUCUUCACGGUUUCUGAGGACGUUCUGAGAGGCACGGCGGUGGGAGUGGUCCGUGCUGCAACAAAAGCAGGAGUCUCUAAAGGCAUCUUAUACUCCAUCUCUUCUGGAGACCCUGAUGGCUACUUUACAGUGGACAGCACCUCUGGGACUAUUCGGACAGCUCUUCCUCUUGACCAUGAAACCUGCUCCAGUCUUGAUCUGGAGAUCCAGGCACGCUCCGGUUCUCCUCCAGCCUACGCAAACAGUCAUGUUCGAAUAACUAUUUCAGAUGUCAACGACAACGCCCCGACCUUUCUCCCCUCCUCAUCGGAGUCCCUCCUUUUGCCUGAAAUAACCAAAAUGGGAACAGUUAUCUACCGUAUUCAGGCCACAGACAAAGACUCCGGUCACAACGGUCAGCUCAGCUUCGACCUCAUCUCUGCCGGGGCUGCAGGCAGCAGUGGCCAGAGGACAUUUGGUGUUGACCGUGGCAGCGGGGAGGUACGCUUGAUUGGAAGUCUUUCGUAUGAAAGUGUCCCACGCUAUGAUCUUCAGGUGAUAGCGAAGGAUGGUGGAGCACCUCAGCUCAGUUCCACUUUCACUCUCGUGGUCCACAUCCAAGCACAGGAUGCCCAAGGCCCCACCUUCGAUACCCUCACCUACAGGGUGGAGCUACGGGAGAACACGCUUCUCAACACACGUUUCCUGCAGGUCCGAGCACUCAACAAAGAGGCUUCAGGGAAUUCUGGAAGCUCUCCGUCUUCAUCCUCAGUUUCCUACCGCCUGAGGCCCGACGGUGAUGCAGCUGGAUUUGGCAUCAUGCCCGACACUGGAUGGCUGUUUGUUCGAAGCUCUCUGGACCGAGAGGUUAAAGACAUGUUCCUAUUGACCGUCCUAGCUACGUCAGGCCCAGGUGGAGCAGGGAGGACCGGCAGCGCCACUGUCAGGGUGACCGUAACUGACGAGAAUGACAAUUCCCCGAGGCUGAGCCAGGAGAGAGUGUUCCUGGCAGUCCGAGAGAAUUUAUUGGCAGGAACCGGGUUUGGGAGAGUGUCUGCGACAGACAGAGAUGCAGGACUAAAUGCUCGACUCACGUACAGACUUCUCCACUCUGACAGACACUUUCAGAUCAACUCCCAAACAGGGGAGAUCAGCACCCGCCUCGCCCUCGACAGAGAGCAGCAGUCGAGUUAUCAGCUUGUGGUGGUCGUGCAGGAUGGGGGUACCCCUCCUCGCAGUGCCACAGGCACCGCUCACAUCACCGUGUUGGAUGAAAACGACAAUGCCCCCAAUUUCACUCAUGCCAGACCUGAACGGGAGCUGCUGUUUCAGGUGACAGAGGGGCUUCUAUCAGGGACUGUGGUGGGGACUCUGUCAGCUAAGGACCCAGACGAAGGGGAGAAUGGUACCCUGCAUUACUCUUUAUCAGGACCCAGAGCAGAGCGUUUCUCCUUGAACCCCACCAGUGGUGAGCUGAGAACUGCUUCCCCUCUGCGAUGGGCGGACAGAGCCGAGUACGGAUUUACCGUGACCGCUACUGACCACGGCACUCCAGGCCUCAGCUCAACCUGCCAAAUCCGUAUACAGGUCCUCAGCAACUCCAGGUCAUCUCCAACACCCAAUGUCCUUUCUAUGACCCUGAACACUGUCGAAGGCACUGCUCCUGGCUCCGUUAUCGGCUCCCUACGGUCACCUGACCAUCAGGAUUCUACUGUGCAGGGAGGCCAGGUCACUUACCUGGUGGUGGGAGGGACCGACCGGGACGGGACCUUCAUGGUGGACCGCCUGGAGGGUGAUGUUUACCUGGUGCGAGAGCUGGACUAUGAGAAGGGGUCAAGAUACACUCUGCACAUUGAGGUGUCUGAUUUCUCUCGGGCGUUUCCAAGCAGCCAUCUAGUCAAGCUCGACAUCAAUGUUCAGGAUAGCAACGACCACGCUCCGGAGUUUUCAGAAGACCCAGUGACAAUUGUGAUCCCAGAAAACAUAGAUCCAGGAGCUUCUGUGUACACAUUCCAGGCAGUGGAUAGGGAUGGCAGUGGGCCCAACAGUGAGCUACAUUAUUCCAUUGAGCAUCACUGGCCUGACACAUCUGACCUCCUGAUCCUUGACCCUGUUACUGGCGUCCUUACCUUGGGGAAGACGUUAGACCGUGAGACUACCCCGUCCCUCUAUCUUGUGGUGCGAGCCACAGACCAGGCAGUGAAUCCCUCUCAGCGACGCUGGGGCUCGGUCACCGCACGGCUGUUUGUGACGGAUGAAAACGACAAUGCUCCAACAUUUAGCUCUCCAUCUGCUGUGAGUGUCAUGGAGGAUCAACCUGUGGGGUUUGUGAUUUUGUAUGUGGUGGCGCGCGAUAAAGACGAAGGAGAAAAUGGCAGAGUAUCCUACAGAAUCCAAGCAGGCAACAGGGCCGGUCGUUUCACUCUCAAUCCUAACACAGGCUCCCUCUCUAUCCUUAAAGCCCUGGACCGGGAAGAGCAGGAGGUCUUUAAUCUAACUGUCGUAGCAGAGGAUCAUGGGGUACCGCAGCUCUCCACCUCCCAGGUGUUGUGUGUGCAGGUUAUUGAUGUGAACGACGAAGCGCCGGUGUUUCAUCAAGCUGAGUUUGAGGCCCAAAUAAUGGAAAAUCGAGGACCAGGAACCACUGUAUAUACUAUAACGGCCACAGACCGAGACCAAGGUUCCAAUGGUCAUAUAACAUAUGGAGGUGUUACAGAAGAUGGUUUUGUCAUAAAUCCUUUGACAGGAGUCAUCACCACGACAAAGGAACUUGACACAGAGGUUCAGGCUCAUUACACACUCACUGUGUAUGCCAGAGAUGGAGGACUGCCUGCAAAUUUUGCCAAAGCUGUUGUCCGUGUGGAGGUCCAGGAUGUGAACGACAACAUUCCUAUAUUUGCAAAGUCGGUGUAUGAACUCGAGGUGCCAGAAAACCAGGAUCCCAUAGAGCUUUGCUUUAUCAAGGCCACAGAUCCAGACUCUGGUCCUGGUGGAGAACUGGAGUACAGAAUUGCAGCGGGAGACUUUGACGGAGCCUUCCAACUCCACCCUAGGACGGGAGCUCUCUCCACCUCACGCAGACUUGACAGGGAGACAAUUGUGGAAUAUAACUUGGAGGUGGUGGCCAAGGACCGAGGGAGUCCUCCUCUCAGUGCUACUGCCACAGUCAGAGUGAAAGUGUUAGAUGUCAAUGACAACAGCCCGGUUUUUAAAAGAAGCAGCUAUAACACGGAGGUCUCUGAGGAUGCCGCAGAGGGUUUUCAAGUUCUGCAGGUGUCAGCAACAGAUGCUGAUGAUGAUCUUAAUGGGAAGAUCCUGUAUUUUCUUAGCCAGGAGGCACACGGAGCGUUCACACUCGAUGAAGAGACUGGUCGUAUCACCACGUCAGCACCUUUGGAUCGGGAAAAAUUGGCGUCAUACAGCUUUCAGGUGUUUGCUGUAGACCUUUCUCCUGCUGUGCCCAGGAACUCUUCUGCUCAGGUGACGGUCACCAUUCUUGAUGUCAAUGACAAUGCUCCCUUCUUCGUACAAGACCCGUUGAUCAUCGAAGUUUCCAACAGGCGUUCCCAGCGUGUUUUAGCCACUAUGAAGGCUGAGGAUAAAGACUUUGGUGCCAACGGUUCUGUGUUUUAUCGCUUUGCCACAUCUGUGAAGGGCUUCAGCAUCAAUUCGCUGACUGGGGAGAUCCAGGCCACUGAACCGCUAAGAGACCUUACUCAGGCUCAAAGGACCUUGAUAGUGGAGGCCAUGGACCAAGGGAGCCCAGCACAAUCCGCACAAGGAGUGGUGGUAAUUUUUGUGAAGGAAGUGGAGUACAAUGGCAUUCGAUUCUCAAGGAAUGCUCGAGAUGUCAGCAUACAGGAAAACGCUGAAAAAGGCACAGCAGUGGCUCAGACUCAGGCUCAGUAUCCUGAUGGCACACAUAUGGGGAUCAGCUAUAGUCUCUUUAGUGGGAACAAAAAGCAGGCUUUCAGUAUCAGCUCCUCAACAGGUGAAAUCUGGGUGCAGAGCUCCCAGGGACUAGAUUUUGAGGACAGUCCCCGACUCCGUCUUGUCGUGAAAGCUGAAACUGUGUCCUCCACAUCAUUCAUGGCUAUUAAUUUGGUGCUUCAGGAUGUUAAUGACAACCUUCCUCGCUUCCAGUUGCAGAAUUAUGUCGCCUACAUGAAAGAGGCCCAAGGAUAUGAAAUGCCAAUUAUACAGGUGGUGGCCGAGGAUGUGGAUCAAGGGCAAAAUGGUCAGGUGACCUACUCCAUCCAGUCAUCAAGCAUGAGCGGUUUGUUUAAGAUUGACCCGAUGACUGGAAGCAUCACGACAGCUGCCAUCAUGGACCGGGAGAUCUUUACAAAAACCAAGCUAGUAGUUACUGCAACAGACAGAGGAAGUCCAAGAUUGUCCGGUUUAGCCACACUAACAGUGAUAAUUGUUGAUCAAAAUGACAACAGUCCUACUAUCCCCUUACCUCAGGAGGUUCGCAUCCCAGAAAAUACAUUAAUCGGCACAGAGAUUACUCUUGUGACGGGCAACGACGUUGACUCCAGUCCCGCCCUGUCCUACUCCUUGCAGCUUGACCCAACAGCUUUAGGCAAAUUUGGGAUUCACCGUUACAGUGGUGGUGUAUCACUCAUUGGCCCGCUGGACUUUGAAGAGAAAACAUGGUACACCCUAACCGUCAGAGCUACAGACAGCCAGCACCAAACUGAGGCAAACAUUACAAUUGUGGUGGAGGAUAUUAACGACAAUUCACCAACAUUCUCCCAAGAUCUCUAUCAGAUUACCCUUCCUGAGCACACACCACCUGGAAGUGCAGUUAUCACAGUAACAGCAACUGACAAGGACUCUGGAGAUAAUGGAAAGAUCACCUACAGAGUGAUGUCGUCCACUCAGGAGGGUUAUUAUAUUAACCCCAGCAACGGAACCUUGUUUAUCAACCACCGAGCCGAGUUUGACCCUGAACGCCCAGCAAUAAACAUCGUCAUUGAAGCUCGUGAUGGAGGCUCACCUCCACUCUCCACUCUCACUACAGUCCAAGUUCAAAUAUCUGAUGUCAAUGACAAUUCUCCUGUGUUUCACCAGUCAGAGUACAGGGCUACAGUUUCUGAAGACACCAUCCCAGGGUCAACAGUUUUGACCUUCGAGGCCUUCGACAGUGACCUGUCACGAGAAAACUGUGGCUUUGACUUCGCCAUUGCCAGUGGAAAUGAAGGAAAUGCAUUUCAGAUUGAGAGCAGCGUACGCUUCCUGGAAGGACGGGGCUUCCAGACAGUCGGAAUGCUGCUAUUGGCUGAGAGGCUUGACUUUGAAAUCAAACCACUUUAUAACCUCACUGUGGUGGUGUCAGACCGAGGUGUCCCCCAAAGGAGUUCUAGUGUUGCUGCAAUGAUAACCAUCACCGAUGUUAAUGACAACCCUCCAGUGUUCACUAGAGCAGAAUAUACUGUGUCACUCAGCGAGGGAGCUGCCUCUGGGACUGAGAUUAUACGACUGACCGCAACAGACCCAGACUCGACUCCCAAUGCUGAAGUCCAAUAUACCAUCAGCUCCGGAGAUGAGGUGAACCUAUUUUCCAUUGACCAGUGGACUGGAGCCAUUAAGCUUGAGCAAACACUUGACCGGGAACACCAGUCUAUGCACAUUGUCAUUAUUCAAGCCACGGAUGGCAAUGGCCAUUUUGCACUAGCUCCAGUCAUUGUUGAAGUAAAGGAUGUAAACGACAACCAUCCAUUCUUUCCUGUGGAGGUCCUAACAGCCAGUAUUCGGGAAAACCAGCCAGCAAACUCAGCUGUGACUGUUCUCCAUGCCAUAGACCAUGACACAGGGGUUUUUGACCAACUGAAGUACUACAUGGUGGAGAAGUCUGGGAAAGGAAAAGACAACUUUGUUGUGGAUCAGAAUUCAGGAGAAAUCCGAAGUAAAUUUACAUUUGACUAUGAAAAGAUCAACUCCUUCAAUUUUGAAGCCUUGGCUGUGGAUUCGGGCAACCAUUCAGCAACUGUAACCGUACAGGUGUUUGUCACAGGUGAAGACGAGUAUGACCCACUGUUCACGUCCAGUCAAUUCUCCUUUGAAGUGCCAGAGGGAGCCAAGAAAGGCCAGAGCAUUGGCCAGGUUCAAGCACAGGAUGAAGAUGAAGGAGUGGAUGGUGUUGUUCUCUACUCUAUAACUUCCAUCUCACCAUAUUUUGAUGUAAACAAAACUACUGGUGUGAUUUUUCUUAAGUUAGAUAGUUCCGGCAGCAGCAGUGGGUCAGGCCGGGCUAAACGGGAAACCAGGGUUAUGACCCUGGAUGUAAAAGCUCACAGUCCACUUGAUGCCUCUCGCUCUACAUCAGCCCAGAUCUCCAUUGACGUCACUAAUACCAACUUUGGCUUGGCUGCUGAUGUAAACAUACUGCUUAUUAUUAUCAUUGCUGUGUCUCUGGGAGUCAUCAUAUUACUUGUAGUUUUGGCUGUGGUAGUUUUCCUUGUCAAGUCACACAGGAGGAAAAAAAGUCAAGAUACAGAAGACAGGACUCUUGCAUCAGGAACUGCCUUAAAGAAAUUGGAUGAAUGCACCUCGGGACCUGGAGGAGACAAUAUUUACCACCAGACUUUGCCAGGUUAUGUUGCUGAUCAGGGAGGAGCUGGUGGUGGUCCCUACCCUAGAGGAGGCUCUUUGGACCCCUCUCACUCCAGUGGCAGAGGAUCAGCUGAGGCAGCAGAGGAUGAUGAAAUUCGGAUGAUUAAUGAGUACCCUCGCGUUGCCUCUAUUACCUCGUCCAUGCAGGAACACAUCUCAGCCAGAGGGCCAGAUUCUGGAAUUCAGCAGGAUGCUGACCAACUUUCGGACAUAUCCUGUGAACCUGCAGCUUUGGAGGGAAGCACUUGGUUCAAAGGGAAGAAACUGGGAGGCAGUCUGAGUGGGACCUUGCUUUCUGGCCAGCUCCCAGUCUACAGGGAUGAAGGAGGUGGUUACCUAGGAGUAGGUCGUGGUCUAAAUAUUUCCCUUCCCAAGGAUUAUGCCUUCCCUGAGGAUGGUAAACCAUCAGUUGAUGGUUCGCUCACUGCUAUUGUUGCGAGUGAUGAGGAGCUUCGUGGAAGCUAUAACUGGGAUUACCUGCUCAACUGGUGUCCUCAGUUCCAACCUCUCGCCAAUGUCUUCACUGAGAUUGCCCGGCUAAAAGAUGAAACCACUCAGCAAAAUCAGAACCCUCGCCAACCCUUUCAACCCAAGCCCAAAAUGGAUCCCAAACCUAGAAUCGAUCCUCCUCCUCUCAUCACAUCAGUGGCUCACCCAGGGGCUAUGACAGUGCCCCCUAAAGUCCCUGUAAUUGGACGGACAUUCCCCCACUUGUCCUCUCUACGUAGGUCUCCUAUUAGUCAUGAAGGAUCAAUUUCCUCAGCAGCAAUGUCGCCAAGCUUCUCUCCUUCCCUGUCACCUUUGGCUGCUCGGUCUCCAGCUGUUUCUCCAUUUGGAGUCAACCAAGGGCCUUCUGCAUCAAUGAUUAGCACCAGAGAGCCUUCACUUGAGCAAAGUCCUGAUCAUGAGAUGAGAAUAUGAUUGGCACUAUUUACAGAGGGAUUUAAGACUGAUGUCUUGAACAAAGCACGCAAUCCCUCUAAAUGUUCUUUUGAAGAACAUGUACUUUUCUGAUAUAACUGAUUUCAUCAUAAGAAAAAAAACGUUUCACAAAUGCGCUGAUCAAUUUUGCAUACAAACAUCUCUUGGACAAACAAACACUGCACAUUUACCUAGUUUAAUACUUGGGUUUGUUAUUCAGAUACUUGCAGGAAUAUACAAAAGUGAAAACAUGCCUGGUUUGACAAGAACCAGCCAAACUCUUUUUUUUUUUAAGUGACAUAGAUCUCCAUGAACUGAACAGGGUCAGGAGGUAGGUGUUUCCACUGACGAGCCCCUAAAGUCAGAGAUCUCUUAGUGUGUAGAUAGAUAGAUAGAUGUGCUGUUUUUCAUGUUUACCUCACUGGCUGGCCAGAGAGCUAAGGACCCUCUCUUUGUGUCAAUGAACUUUUUUACACUACAGUAUUAAACUUGUGUUGUGGGUGCUUUUUAAAAUGGCUUCUGGACAUGAG